UUUUUUUUCUUUGGAUUAGAGUUACAUUGUAAUGAUGAGGGAACUUGUUUUUGUUUUUGUUGUGAUCAAUUAAAUCUAUUGAUUGUUGAUUUCGUAUCUGGUCUUUUUACCAUUUCUUGUUUACAAGAAUUAUGUUUAUAGUUGCAGUGUUGUUAUGUUGUGAUUUUAGCUUGUGAAGUAGUUGAGUUCAUUACCAUGUGAGACUUUCUCUUGCUUCUUGUCUGUUUUUUGAGGCAUGUUCAGCAUAACAGGAGGCUGUAUUGUGCACAUGCUGGCAAAAUUCCUUACUGAGCUUAAAACUACUAGCUUUACCAACUGUGAGCUUGGAUCAGGUGAUGUGAAGGUCACGGUGGCAUCUGGUGAUGGAUUUAGAGUGUGAAUGGAUUGCCACUAGCCUUAUCUUGUUCUUCCCAAAAAACAGUGAUUUCUAUGCUUCUGUUAUUGGACAUGGUUAUGAAAUUAGUAGGCACUAUUUGAUUUUAUGGUCAUUUUGAUCAGGUAAAGCUACUUCUUGAGGCAGCAAAGUCGGCCCAAAGUAAUGUUUCUCUGGGACUGUAUGAAUCUUCAGCUGCUUCAUCAAGUCAAGCGAGAUCUAUGGCUGAAGAUGCCCUUUAUCACCCACCCAUAAUGUAGGUCAGAUAAUACUUGUUGUUUGAGCAUUGCUUUGCUGCCUAUUCGGUAUAAGUUACACAGAACCCAUCUCUCCUUACCGUAAAAGAUUGGAGAAUUAAUGCUUUAUGCGCCGCACACACUAGCAGAGCUUCAUAUUGGACUCCUUCUUCCUUUCACACCCUUAGAUGUAUCGAACUAUUGUUCCUCUAAUUUGAACUGAUUCUCUUAUGCACUCAUAAUAUACAAAUCAUUUUUUU